AUGCAUAUCGAAUUUCUUCAUUGUAAUUCGUGUUUCGCGUAUUCAUCCUUCGCAACUCGCGAAGAACAAAUCCGUUUUUGGCUAACCGAAUGCGGGCACGUGGUUUGUCAAAGUUGUUUGUAUAAAAGUGAACCAAACAAAGUAAAUUCAUCCACACCUAGUGAGCCGACAUGUUCAGUUUGUAAUACGAAGUGUGCUACCGUAGAAUUAACGGAAAAGCUUCCUCCUAAUCUUAAUAUGUUUUUUCGACCUGCGCAUGAAAUAUUAGAUGAGGCAUCAGAUUUCCAGCAAAAAAAUACAUUUUCCUUAUUAGGGUUUCUGAAAGAUAAGGUGGUCAAACAAGAACAAAUGCUUCACAAGAUGAAAACCGAGUUGCUUCAAAACAGAGACAUGAAAAAUCAAUUACAGGUUCUUGAGGAGGAAAAUCAAUGGUUGAAGACCCAACUGCAAGAAGCACGAUUGCAGACUCCAGAACUGCCUAUGCGGCUUAAUAUUAGCCCACGAGUGCAUCCCGAGUCUCCGAGCAAAAAUCAUACACAGUAUCAUGUGUCUUCGAAGAAGCUAAGAACACCAAAUCCACCGUCACGCCUAUCGCUCUCUACCACCAAUUCACCGACGCGCGCUACUUACAACCAAGAGAAAUGUUAUAUUAGGAGUGACACUCAAUUCAAAAAUCAAUCAUCGUGGAAUGACAGUGUCGAGAAUUACGAAGGAUUUGAUGGCGGUGGAAUGGCUAAUCCCAUUGUUGUACGAUGUGAACGGAGGAUUAUGCCACCUUUCGUUGAAAGUAAAUUUAAACAAUAUUCUCAGCAACAGUCGGUUCAAUUGUUUUUUAGAUCCAGUACGGCAUCCAGUACGCGUAUGACCUGGAAUGAGGGAAAACUAACGAUUCAUAUUUUAGGAUCGAGGGAGCAUUCGAAAUUUCCGCUUACACGUGAGCUGCCACCUACGGUAACAAAUUUCCAAGAACCUUCGAGAUCGCGAUCACUCAAAAGGCCUUAUUCGUCUGCUUCGCGCUACGAUGUUGCACCCUUUCUUGUGUCACAUCAACCAAGAACUCCCAUCAGCAGAAACCGAGGAGCGCUCCCGAGAUGCAAGUGA